CUGGCGCGUGAGGACCGCCUGGUGGUUGUUGCUGGCGGUGAUGCUGGUAUCUGCUUUGACUCCAGUGGAGGCGGGUCACAGAUCUGGAAGCAGAAAAGGACGGCGACGCAACAGUGGAGACCACAGCAAUGGCUCACAGAAGAACAAGAACCAGCGCAGCUACAAUACCCAGACACACAAGCCUUACACCCACAAGUACAGUCAGAAGCCAAAAACAACACCGAAGACGACCAGCAGCAGCCAGCAGUACAAGACGACAGCAACCACCUGGAAGGCCGUCACAGGAAAGUACAAACAGCUUCCCAAUCUGACUGUGGCCACUCCCAUCACCACAAAACCCGGGAAACACAACAGCACGAAGGACCAAGUGCCAAAGAACAACGCCACAAAGCCGUAUAAUUUUACCAGGCCCGGGUACAGUCAGAAGCCAAAAACAACACCGAAGACGACCAGCAGCAGCCAGCAGUACAAGACGACAGCAACCACCUGGAAGGCCGUCACAGGAAAGUACAAACAGCUUCCCAAUCUGACUGUGGCCACUCCCAUCACCACAAAACCCGGGAAACACAACAGCACGAAGGACCAAGUGCCAAAGAACAACGCCACAAAGCCGUAUAAUUUUACCAGGCCCGGGUACAGUCAGAAGCCAAAAACAACACCGAAGACGACCAGCAGCAGCCAGCAGUACAAGACGACAGCAACCACCUGGAAGGCCGUCACAGAAAAGUACAAACAGCUUCCCAAUCUGACUGUGGCCACUCCCAUCACCACAAAACCCGGGAAACACAACAGCACGAAGGACCAAGUGCCAAAGAACAACGCCACAAAGCCGUAUCAUUUUACCAGGCCCGGGACCACUGUACAGGAUGUCCCGGGGAAAAACCACCCACACUCCACUGUCCAGCCUCCUGGUUCCAGAGGGAACGUGACACAGACAAACACAAAAAAGUACCCCAGUGGUCCAGUAAGGAAUGUGACAGGGAAAAAAACAAACAGUCUUCCCCCUGGUCCAGUUAGGAACACGACAAGGACAAACACAAACAAUCAGUCUCUCGAUCCUGUUAGGAAUGUUACACAGACAAACCCAACCGAGAAGCCUCAAGGACCAGACUCUAUUGCGCCAGGCCCAAUCCGGAACCAGGAAGGUUGGCAGACACAGCCUCCUGGCCCUGGUGGGAAGGUUCCACACGAUGGUGCCAAGCAGCCUUCAGCCUACGACGUCAACCCAUCGCACCGGCCACCACCGGAAGGCAACAGUGGAAGUGGCUCUGGAAGCAGACUGAUCAACCUUUCCAGUCCAUUUGGAUAUUGGAAGAACUUCUCUACACCAAGCUCUCCAAUGAUCAUCAUCUUUCCAACAUCACAAUACCACUAUCCUUCAAGCAUUUCACCAAGGAAGCCUAAGGGCUGUGACUGCUAUGUCGAGGGCAGAACACCUGUGUGCAGAUACAAGCUGAAGGAUGGCCAUAUACCAUCAUGUGUAAAUUCAACAGUCUCUGCAGUGUUCAUCGAGUCAAAGGAGAUAGAACAGCUGCUCAUUGAUGCAUUCAAGCAUGUUCCACUUCUAGAAUACAUAAACAUAACAGGCACAAUGCUGAGAUCACUGCCAAGAGAUCUCUUCCGUGACACUAGAGAGUUGAAGCUACUGCUGGUACAGAAGAACCUCAAGUUGAGAUCAUUGGAUCGUUAUGUCUUCAGAGAUGGUAGCAGGCUUGAGGAUGUUAUUCUGGAUCACAACAAGAUCAGUUCACUGGAACGAGAUGUGUUCACUCACCUGACAAAUGUCAAGAGGCUGAACCUAGCCUACAAUAAAAUCAGGAUCCUGCCUGAGGGUAUCUUUAGAGAUAACCGAGAACUACAGGAGCUGAGGCUGUCGGGGAACCCAGUGCACAUAAAUGAAUGUGUUGCCAGGAGUCUGCUGAGAAACAACGUCAAACUGCGAGUGCUUCUGAUGCGCAAGUGCAACCUACAGAACCUCCCGACUGGCCUUCCAGGAAAUGCAUCGAAUCUGGAAUGGCUGGACCUGUCACACAACAAGAUCUCCAAAUUCCCUGCAGAGUUCAUCCAGAACUGUACAAAGCUGGCCUACUUAGGACUCGCCUACAAUGAGCUCAAGGUCCUCGGCUCAGACCUGGUGUUCCUGCAUGGUGGAUCUCUUGCUACUUUGACACUGGAAGGCAACCCUUGGCACUGUGACUGUGACAUUCUGCCCCUGGCCAGCUGGGCCAGUUUGCGGAAAGACGCAGUGCCAGAGUGGCCUAACUGCAGCUCUCCACACGGAGUCAAGAAAGAGCCCCUACAGCGCUGGUUCCACACCAAAAAUGCGACAAAAUGUGGUGAUGCCACCUCGCUGCUGCGUGCAGACCUGAACCGAGUGCUGUCCGUGGCUCGUGCCAUCGCAGAGCGAGGACCGAACUUCUCUACAGACUUGCUUCCUGUCUCUGAUAAAGAAGUCAGCUUCACUGCCACAAAUUACUUUUUGUAUGCCACAGCAGGAAUGACCGAUGCUGACAUCGACGGCGUGGUGUGGCACUGGGCACGGUUCCUGGAGAAGGUUCUGAAUAGGCGGCACCUCCACUACACUGAGAAGAGCCUCAACCGGACCAGGAUUGAGCCACUCACAACUACCACCACGAAGCCACCAGCAGCCAGGGCUGUCAAGCAACGACUUAGGCUGAAGGGCUUUCAACCACUCAUGAAUUUCAUUUACAUUAUGAAGAAUGUCCCAGAGAACCUGACAAAAGUAGUUGAUGAUGGUAUUGAGGAAGAGCUGAAGAUUCUGUUUGGAGUCACCAAUGGCACUAACACCACAAGCCCAAAUGCUACAGCAGCCAGCGUGGCAGCACUGAAUUCUACAGGUGUUGUCACAGCUGUCACCCCAAACACUGUUGUAGUCACCACAAAUGUGACCCUGGCUCCUUUCUCACGGAACAGUACUACUGUCACUACAACACUUGCAACUCCAGCUCCUGCAAUUAUCUCCACUUCUUUACCUCCCACACCAGUCACACUACUUCUAAAUCUGCCUUCUGUAUCCGCAAAUACACCUUUAUCAGCCAGUGCCUCCAGUGUGGUACCUGUGAAUGCUAUCCUGAAUAUAACCUCACCUACUAACUGUACUUCUGUAACUAACCAGAAUGUGACAAACUCUACUUCCUCCAUACCAGCUCUCAGUGCAACUACUGCAUCUGCUAAUGGCGCGACGGUGCCGUCGAAGAUGCCGAAUGCCACAAAGCAGAUGGUGGCAGGCUUGCGAUCUGAGCUUCGUGAGGUGCUUUCCAUUCUGCUGCUGAGCAUCGAUCGGGCCAAGUGGGAUGCUGCAGAGCAGGAUUUUAUCAAAGGUGAAGAGUUGAGGGCUCUGCAAUCUCCGGAGCAUAAAAAUAAGUCAAUCACCCCAGAUCAGCUAAACACUCCAAAACAAUCAACCAUCCCAAAGAACUCGAGUCAUGUGCAAAGCAGUGCAAAAAGCUGUAAGCUGAUACAGCCACAGCUAACUGUUCUUGUUGCUAUUCUGACUCUACUGGCCCCCUCUCUUGUGUAAUAGCUCCAUAAUGUCAUACAUGAAAGAGACAGAUUUUUCUAUUUCUGCAACAAUUUAUUAUAAAAUGCAUUUUCAUAAUCCAUCUGCAUGUCAUUGCCUUUAUUUUAUUUUGGCUGCUUAUAAACUGAAAAUGGGGUGUACUAACGAACGGCGUGGAAACAGUAUUAACAUGAGUGAAAUGUGAGUUUUACAAAAAUUACUGCUGCUAAAUGGCAUGAUAAUAUGUGAAUAAUAUUCUGGGAAAGAUAUAUUGUUUGAUAUGUUACAUCACUUAUUCUAACUUAAGUACUUUGUUCCUUGUCCACCUUCAUAGCAGAGUGGUCAGCAUGUCUCACUGCCAUGUGAAGGACCUGGGUUUCAAUUCCAAGAACUGCCAGGUAUUUUUCCUUGGUGGGAGGAAUGAAAUGGGGUGGACUCAGCCUCGUGAGAUUGAAUGAGGAGCUGCUUGAAUAAAUAAGUAGGCUCAUCACCAGGCUUCAUCUAAUGAUUAUAACAGCUACAGUGAUUGGCGACAUGGUGAACACAUGUCCCACGAUCAGAGAAUGCACCUUUUUCUGCCUUGUAGGCAGCAAUUGGUGAACUGGAACAAGCCAAAAGCAUAAUCAGAGAUUGUUAUUUGUUUUACUAAUUUGCUUGCAAAUCAUAUGAGUAAAAAAGAGAUCAUAUUUGAAUGUAUAAAGCAACCUACACUAUAUUAUUGCUUGGUCUUGUACAAUACACUGACUCCUGCUAUUGUCAUAUUGCAUAGUUACUAUGUGUUGAUGUAAGUUAAUAUUAUACCAAGACCCAUCAAUGUUCAGAUAGCAACAGCUCAUAGCCCUACCAAGAACAAAACGUGUACACAUUCACGUGAAUAUGAAUGCCAUACUGUUGCAAUUGUGCCUUAUAUUAUAGGAUAUCUUUGCUGUUUGUGCUGAAAAUACUCCGUGAAAGUUGCUUUGUUUGUAAAUUAUUUAGGCAUGGUUCUCAAGCGAUGUUACAUGUUUUAGACUUUUAAAGUGUUUAUUGAAAUUGCACUGUCUCAACUUUUAAAAUUCUAACUAAAGAAUAAAUAGUUUAUGUGCAUACUGGUUAUAAUUUUAAUAUUUUAUGGAAUCAGAUAAACUAGGUCUUGAUGCAAACUUUUGAGGCGCUUUAAAACAGUGAAAGUUUUUGUUAUGAAUAUGACUCUCCAGGAGGCUGUACCUUACCUUAAGGCUUUCAGAAUUUGCAUUCAAAAUUCUAAGAACUUUAAAAAUGGUGAGGUUCAGUAUCAUUUGUCUCAUUGCGAUUGAGACAUUGAUCCAUUAUCAAAAUUCAUUCAAUUGUUUAUGUAAUUAAUAAAAGACUGUUCCCUUGAAUCUGAUCUGAUGGACUGAUUAAAGUCAGGUAUUUAUGUAAAUAUACUUUUGUGCAAUUUUAAUUAGUGAAAUAUCUUGGCUAUUAUAGUUCAGUGCAACAGAAAUGCUCUACAGUGACGCUUUCUGUCUGUUACUGAAUAAUGUGGGUCAUCCCACGUCCCUGAAGGCUCUUCUUCAUGAGACACUACGAAUUAAUUAAUGAAAAAAAACACAUAUGUUUUGUGGUAAAAUCAAAUAUGUACCUAAAGUGAAAAUAAGUUUGUUGAAAAAAAAAUUUGAAGUGCCAAAUUUCAUAACUGAUUUUGUUUUGCAUAUUUUUAAAGUUGCAAGACUGUACUAUUAAAUAGUGGUAUAUCAAAUUUAACAAAUGUAGUGUUUGUGUGACAGAAAAAAGUGAUCAAAAAUAUUAUCCUGAUAUGGUAAUGCACAACAAAAACUGCUUCCACAAUAUAUUUCAAUGUUCUCUCCAAAAGAUAGAGCUCAAACUAACAGGUUACGUUUUUCAUACACAUUAUUGUCAUUCUCUUUGAAAUGCAAAAAUCAUACUAUGGAUUUCAAGGUAACAUUUUGUGGAGAUGGUGGAAUACGAACAAUAAGAAACUGAUAGACAGGAAAGUAAUUACCUUUGACUUGCAAAAAUCAUACAACAACAAAAAUAAUCAAUUUCUGACAAUAUAAUGUAAUUGGGUAGAUAUGAAAUCUACCUUCCUUCUCAUCCCGUCCAGUAAGUCUCCCCUGACCCAGUGUUUUGGGUGUCUUUUUCUGAAUUCCCCUCUUUGUCCCAGACCUUUCCAGUUCCUUUCCCUUCACCCCUCUUCCUACUUCUUUGUCCCUUCUGCUGGAAUAAGGAGCCAUUGGCUCCGAAAGCUUGUCUAAGUAAAAUAUUUCUUAUAUGGGUGUUAUCCUGCCAUCGCUUGGAGAGUUAAAAUCAUACUACACAUUUCAAGGUAAUGUUUCAUGGUGAUAGUCACAUACAAACAAAAAAUUUGUAGACAGGAAGAUAAUUAGAGCAGCUGCACUUGUAAAGAAUACUCUGUUUGUUACUGUAACAUACUACCCAUGUACAUUUCUCUUACAUUCUUCCAGUGCUCCUUCCACUCCCCAAAAUCCUCAGUUAUUAUUCCAGUGAAUUCUCUCCCUCUCCCACCAUCCUCUCUAUCUACCUUUUUCAUUCUAUUGCUAAUUAAGAUAUAUACAAAAGAAAUUCCAGUUAACCAGUCUCCCAAUAGCCUGACAUAGACCUCAACAUUCGUGCAAAGUAUUGUAUCCAGAUAAAAUAAGGGACGUUGACAUUUAAGACUUAUAUAUUAUAUUUCAGUCAUUACUUGUUGACCCUAUAGGAAAAAUGUAUAUUAAUGUCAAGUAUAUACAAUAAUCAUUUUAGCUUACAUGACUAAAAUGUAGCACUUAGAAAGUUAUACAUAUAUUUUUUAAAAGUGAAUAUUGCCUUUUUCUAUUUAUAUGUUUUUGUAUCUUUUAUAACCUAUAAAGGAGAAAAAUUUGAUAAUGCUAUUAAAAAUAAUAAUGAAUAAUAAGUGUCUAAUGUUUAUAUUCCUCAUAUGGAUUUAAAUAUGACAGGACUGGAGCAAAAUACUGUUUGAGAAGGAGUAAGAAUACAUUGCAUCUAACAUAUGAGACCAUAUGCAGGUACAGAAAUGUGAAAUAAGAAUUCUUUCAAGUUUAAGGAAUUUGUAUUUUCACUCUAGUUUUUUGUUGAUGA